AUGCCUGCACCCACCACCAACGCGGCCAUGUCCGCUGCCUCGGUCGUCAUCAACGAGGCCACGCUCAAUGCUGGCCCCUCGACAACGUCUCACCUCAAGGAUCUCAACGCCGAGCUACUCACCAUCGAGCGCAACCCCCAUCCCGCAGAACCCAACUUCGAGAACCUCGCCUUUGGCCGCCAAUUCACCCCGCACAUGCUCGUCAUCAACUGGAACAACCAGGACGGAUGGGGAGCUCCCCAAAUCAAGCCAUAUGGCCCCCUGGCCAUCAGCCCCGCCGCGCCUGCGCUCCACUACGCCUCGGGCCUUUUUGAGGGCAUGAAGGCCUACAGGUCGUCCGACGGUAGCGGAAAGAUCCGCCUCUUCAGGCCCGACAAGAACAUGGAGAGGAUGAACCGCAGCGCUGCCCGCGCCGGCCUGCCCACCUUCGACGGGGAAGAGUUUGUCAAGCUUAUCAAGACGCUGGUCCGUCUCGACCGCGACCACGUUCCUCACGCCGCCGGCCAGACGCUCUACCUCCGACCCACGCUGAUCGGCACGCCCAACGCGCUCGAUAUGGGCAUCCCCACCGAGGCGAUGCUCUACUGUAUCUGCUCGCCCGUCGGCAACUACUAUACGUCGGGGGCGGGCGCCAAGCCCGUCUCGCUGCUCGCGUCCACCGACGCCGUGCGGGCUUGGCCUGGUGGAACGGGCUGCUACAAGCUGGCGGCCAACUACGUCGGCGCCGUGAUGCCGGCACUCGAAGCGCAGAAGCGUGGAUACCAGCAGGUCCUGUGGCUGUUUGGCCCGGAGAAGCAGGUCACCGAGGUCGGCGCCAUGAACUUUUUUAUGGUCAAGAGGCGGGGCGAGAAGGUCGAGAUCGCGACCGCGCCGCUGGAUGGAACCAUUCUGCCCGGCGUCACGCGAGACACGAUCCUCUCGCUGCUGCGCUCCUACAUCGCUGGAGAGGUGGACCUCGACGGACUGCCGGCGCGCGAGGUGGUCGAGGUCAACGAGCGACAGAUUACCAUGGACGAGAUCGUCGAGGCCGUCGAAAGGGACGAGGUGGUCGAGGUGUUUGGAGCUGGCACGGCCGCCUGCGUCUGCUCGGUCGAGAGGAUCGGGUACGAGGGCACCGACCUCAAGAUUCCGAUCGGACCCGACGGCAUGGGACUCUUCACGCGGACGAUGCUGCGCGAGGUGACCGGAAGGCAGUGGGGCGUCAUUCCUUCGCAAUGGAGCCAGGUCUGCUGA